AUGGCAAGCAUAGUUGAAGAAAAGGAAAGUUUAUUGAUAAGUAAUCUUUUACGUAUUAGCUUACAGUCAAAUUUACAGGUACAGAAAAGUUUAAGUGGUUAUCCUUUUGUGUACCUUGAGGAUUAUUUUGAAGAACUUGAGAAAUCUGGGAAACCUUUAAAUUUAAGGUUUACAGAUAUUGAUGAUAUAAUUUACUAUCGUCUAAAGACUUUUUUUAAAUAUGGAGAUUGGAAGGAAGGAGUAUCAGCACUACAAUUUUUAGUAGAAUCUUAUGGUAGAUUUCGUAAUGAAUUAUCAUCUACAAGACUUUGUAAUGAAGUAAAAAAUAAAAUUUCUGACUGUAUUGAUUUACUACCAAAAUAUGGUGCACUUUUAAUUCAAUGUCCUGAACUUUUUGAAGUUGAUAAUAAUGUAGACAUUAAACUAAGGAUUUUAAAAUUUUUAGAAAUGGCAAUUCCAACUAUAUUUAUGGCAAGUAUGUUAGAUAAAUUAGAGGCAAAUGAUCCAAAUUGUAUUGAGUCUAUAUGGGGACCUGUAAUAGAUAAGUUAAUAGAGAAGAUUUUAGGAAGGACAUUCAUGGAUUUACAUAUGUCAAUAGCUAAAAAUAUUAUGUUUUUAUCUCAAUUUAAACAAUUAGUAAAUGUUUUAACAAAUAGACCUUUAUUUUUACCAUCAAAUAAUAUUAAUAAUAAUUCAGUUUUUGGUACAUCUCCAGGAUUUACUUUACAAACUGGUUCUUUAUUUGGAGGUUUCAUUAGUCCAAAUCCUAUAGAUAAAAGUUUGCAAUCUAAAGAUAAUUUAAAUCCAAUAAUUCAGAAGUAUUUUAGUGGAAUACUAAUGAAGACUCAGACUCAAAUUACACAAUGUAAAUUAUCUAUUAAAAAUGAACUUUCACUAAUUCAUGAACAAUCUCUUAUUUUAUUUAGAAAUAUAUUAAAAUCUAAUAUUAAUAAUAGAAGAAAAGUUCUUAAAUGGAUAGGGUUAGUAUGUUGUUCUAAUGAAGGAAGAACUAAACUAUUUAAUGCUAUUUCUAGUCUAUCAUCACUUAGAAAUAAUUCAAAUACUAGAUCAUUACAAUCAAGUAUACAAUCUUUAAUUUUAAGAACAUCUGGACAGACUACAAAUGGUUUUUCAUUAAAUGUUUUAGAGCUUAUAUUAAAGCUUUUGGAACCAGUUAAAAUAGAAAAAGUUCUAGAUUUGGAUUAUUUUUAUAUUUUAUGGGGGAAAUUGGAUGAAAAUGGAGAUAUUGGUAAUGAGGUUAAGAGUAUUCUUGGUGAUUUAAUUAAUGAAGCUACUCUUGGAGAUAAAGAAAAGAUAAAACAAUGGACAGAUAUUAUAGAAGCUAAAAAGAUUGAUAUUGAAAAUAAGAAACUUGAAUAUAAUGAUAUUAUACGCUUUCCUACUCAAAUAUUUUGGCUUUCUUGUAAAGCAAUAAUAGUUUUUAUGCACCCAAUCUUAUCAGAAUAUGAAAAUAAAAUACAUGAACUUAAUGAAUAUAGAAAUAAUUCUACUUCAAUGGGACUUCUAAGACAAGAUACUGAAUUUGAACGUCUUACUGCAGAAUUAUUACUUUAUGACUGUACAUUAUUUCAUACAAAUAUAAUGACUACAUAUUGGCAUUUUUUGAGUAUAUUUUGCCAUUUUAUUAUAAGAAGUAUUUAUAAUUUUGAUGAAUAUGGUAACAAAAUAAAGGAAUGGGAUGAUUUAAUACAUUCAAAACAGGGUAAAUUAUUAAAUGCAAUGAGAAAUUUUGGUCAACCAUCAUCAAGUUUGUCACCUCAAUUUUCAGUUUUACCCAGUAGAAUAGUAGAUGAUAUUAUGACUACAACUGAAUUAAUAUUAAGAAUUAAAGGAAAUGAUGAAUCUAUAAUUGGAUUUGAUUUCGAUUCUUAUAUUUCAUUAUGCAUUUCACUUAUAAGUUUUGGAAAUUAUUUUAAUAAUCCUCACUCACGCUGCCAAAAAGGUGUUGGGAGUAUUCAUUAUUUAUUACAAUUACCUCAGUAUCGGCAAAAGAUUGAAACUAAUGAAGAUUGUAUAGAAUUUAUCCUUCCAAAUUUAAUAUCUUUAUUCAAUGAUGUUCAGAAAUCUCCAUAUUUCGAUAGAUUUUCCCUACGUUUACCAAUUAUUAUUUUACUUGAAAACCUUAUUGGGAUUGAAUCUCAUAGAAAUCGUUUAUAUUCCUUUGUUAAAGAUCGUGAUGAAGCAUUUACAAAAUUUAUUCACUUAUUGGUAAGUGACCUAAAUUAUUUAUUAGAAGAAGGAAUGUCAAUGCUCGCAGAAAUUAAAAAACGUGAGAUUUCAAAUAAUGCAAAUAGAGAUAAUUUACAGACAAAUAAUAAUAUAUAUAAUGAUUCAAAUAAUAAUAUAAAUAUUACAAAUCAGUCAUCUAAUCAAAAUAAUGAAGAUUUAGAACAUGAAUCGGCAUAUCAAAAUUCUGAUAUACAAAGUUCUAUUGAAGAGAUGCCAUUAGAACGUUUAAAUCAAUCCUGUAAGGGCUAUAUGCAACUUUCUCAUACAUCUGCUAGUCUUCUACAAAAAAUAACUCAAUACUACCCUGAAGAAAUAAUUGAUUCACCUCUAAUUCUUCCUCAAAUAGUUACAUGUCUUAAUAGUACUUUAGAUAGAUUAGUUGGUCCGAAAUGUCUUGAAUUGAAAGUGAGUAACUUUGAGAGCUAUAACUUUAAUCCUCGUCAACUAUUGGCAAAUAUAUGUUUGACCUAUAUCAAGUUAUCUUUUAAAAAUAUAAGUACUAUGACUAAUUCAGUCAAUUUAUCUACAAAUUCUGAACAAGAAAUUUGUAGUCAGUUAAUUUCAGAAAUUAUAGAAGAACAAAGAUUUUUUAAAGUUGCAACUUUUGCUAAAGCAUAUCAUAUAGUAAGAAGAGAAGGGUUACUCAAUUUAGUUCAGCUUAAACAAUUUGGACAACUAGUUAAGAUUAUACAGGAAAGAGCAACUGAGCAUACACAAGGAAAUCAAGACAUACUAAAUAUAGAUGCAAUGGAUAUACCUGAAGAGUUCUUGGAUCCAAUAAUGCAAGAUAUUAUGAUUGAUCCUGUAAUGUUACCUACUUCAUCUAAAAUUAUGGAUAGACGUAUUAUUGAGCGUAUAUUAAUGUCUGAUGGUUUAGAUCCAUUUAAUAGAUUUCCACUAUCAAAAUCAGAAUUGAUUCCUCAGCCCGAAUUAAAGCAACAAAUUCAGGAAUUUAUAUCUAAAUAUAAAAAAACAUGA